AUGGCCAAUGGUCCCGGCUUCGAUGUGGGGAGUCCGGAGCCGGACAGUCAUUGCCCUGAUGAGGAGGCCGUCGACGCAAUGGCUCGUCACCCGAGUUCCCCAUCAGCCCACAGCGCGAUAUUCGGCACUUCAGACCUCUCCUCUUCUGACAAGCCGCCCGGUGACCAAGAUCCUCGGUCUCCCGGAAAUAUCCUGCCGCCCACAUCUCUGUCUGCGGCGGCUGAAACCCCUCCAUUGAGUGGCCAGCAUGCCCAGAUCGUCACACGCAGUGGGACAUUGCAGGUGGCUGAAGAUGGCCACAGCAGGUAUUUCGGAGCAACAAGUAAUCUAAACCUGAUCCAUAAUGGCCCAUACUCAUCCUUCUGCCCCUCUCUCAAGAACCUUCGUGUCGAUGGCGAGCUCGCCAUUAAGAGUGCGAGUCUGCAAUGGGCUGGCGACCUGGCCUAUGAGUCCCAUCUAUGGGAAUGCUAUCUCACAUGGCUGAACCCUCUGACAAGCCUCGUUGAACAAAGUCUCUUUGAUCAAGACAAGGAGAAUUUCUUAUCCGCGCAGGACAACGAUUUUUACUCGCCUGCCUUGGAAAAUGCAAUCUUCUCCACAGGCGCCAUACAUACAACGCGCCAACACCCUUCUAUCAUAGGCGACGCAUGCAAAUUCUUCGCCAGUAGAGCGAAGGUUUACCUUGACCUUGAACUUCAAACGCCAACAACAGCAACGCUCCAAGCUCUUGUUCUGCUCUGCGAACAUGAAGCUGCCCAGGGUAGAGAUAGCCAAGGCUGGAUAUACUCAGGAAUGGCAACCCGAAUUCUAUCUGAUCUGGGGCUCCAGUUUCAUCGCACCUCUUCAGAUGGAACCGAGAGCUGCGGCGCUGAUAUCUCAGACGCAAAAGCCCGGGUCUUCUGGUCGGUUGUUCACCUUGACACGUAUCAUAGCAAAGAAGCCUCUCGAGAGUCUCUGUCUAAGUUUGCAGCGCAGAUGGACGCGUCACUCCGAGAUUGGGUGGUUUCACUUCCACAAUCUCUACAAUUUACAUCAACUCAAGGUGACCAAUCCCCAGAUCCCGUUGUGUUGCAGUUACAGUAG